AGCUGUUUGUAUCAGAGGACCGGCAUGUUCCCGGUGUGUGUGUCCGGUACCGGAGCCCUGACAGCGGCGGUGUGUCUGCUGCUCAGCCGCUUCUCCUCUUCCUCUCCACCGGAUCCGGUUCCGCUCAUCGCUUCUUACUUCGGGACUAAGACCCGGUAUGAGGAGGUGAACCCGCACCUGCUGCUGGACCCUCUGUCCGUUAACCGGUCCGUGUUAAAACCCCCAGACACCGAGCGCUGCUCCCCGGUACACAUCACCGCAGUCAUCCGCCACGGCAGCCGGUUCCCUACCGUUAAAAACAUCCGCAGGAUCCAACAGCUGAGCGAGCUGCUCCGGGAGGCUUCCGGUGGAUCCAGAGGAUCCGGUGGUUCCGGUGACUGGCUGCAGGACAUUAAGAGCCGCUGGGUCACGUGGUACACCGAGGACAUGGACGGUCAGCUGGUGGAGAAGGGGAAGGAGGACUUGCGCCUCCUUGCGAGGCGUUUGUCGGCCUUGUUUCCGUCUCUGCUGUCGGAGGAGAACGUGAGGAAGAGGAGGAUCAGCUUCCUCAGCAGCUCCAAACAUCGCUGUGUGAGCAGCGUGGAGGCGUUUCAGGAGGGACUGCAGCACCUGGGACACCAAGAGGUGCAGUACAGUCACCAGCUGGACGAUCAGCUGAUGCGUUUCUUUGAGCAUUGCCGUGGUUACGUGGACGGCGUGGAGAAGAACCGCACAGCGCUGGCGGAGGUGGAGAAGUUCAAACACGGCGAGGAGAUGGAGGGAGUGAGGAAGAGGAUGGCAGAGAGGCUCGGCCUUCCUCAUCACGACCUCACACCAGCUGGAGCUCCUGAUGCUAAUGCUAAAUCAUGUGAUGAUGACGGUCCUGAUGAUGUCAUCGUAGAUCUGGUGGAAGCCGCCUUCUUCCUGUGUUCCUACGAGCUGUCAAUCAAGUCUCUGCACUCGCCAUGGUGCUUCCUGUUUGACCAGAGAGAUGCUCAGGUCCUGGAGUAUAAAUCAGACCUGAAGCAGUACUGGAAGCGGUCUCAUGGUCAUGUGAUCAACGGUCUGUCCAGCUGUCCUCUGUUUCAUCACGUCUUCAGGACGCUGGACAAGGCCGGACGUCCCCGCAGGUCCAGUGAUGCGUCCCCUGAGCCUGCCUCGGUGCUGAUUGGCCACGCUGAGACGAUCCUCCCCCUCCUGUCUCUGCUUGGACUCCAUAAAGACGAGACUCCGCCCACCGCAGCCAACUACCAAUCACAGCACGGUCGGAGUUUUCGUACAAGUUCUAUCGUCCCGUACGCGGCUAACGUCGUGUUCGUGCUGUACGACUGCGAGCGCGGCGCGCGGCUGCAGCUGCUCAUCAACGAGACGCCGGUUCGAUUCCCGACGCUGCCGGACGAAGAUGCUCCGCUGUACCGAGACGUCCGCGCCGCUUAUCGCCACCUGCUGGACGGCUGCACGGAGCACCGCGGCUGUGACGGCCGACACACCGAACUAUGACCUCUGACCUCUGGGACACAGCUGGUAUUGAUCGGUGAUCGAUCAGUAUUACUUGAUAAGCCCCUCCCCCCAACAGCAACUGUCCAAUCAGAGCUCAGCGGCAGUAACAGCUGAUCAGCAAUUUGAUCAUUGAUGAGUCAUGCUUGUGAUGUCUGCUUCCUGUCAUCACAGGAAAUGACAUCACUUCCUUUUCUUCUGUGGUUUUUUGGGUGAAAUGAAACUUUAUUUAUCUCGAUAUGUCUCGACCAAUCAGAGGCCUCGAGGCCAGUAUCAGCCGUUUCCUGUCUGAUUGAUUGAUGAUGUAACUGAUUUUAUUCUCAUUAAAAACUUUUUACUUUAUUUUCUAUUAAAAUAAACUUUACUGUAAAAUCACUUCCUGUUGAACUUUAUUUAUAAUUGAAUAUAACAGAAUAAAAAAAGUAAUAUUAAAUGACACAGUAACGAUGAUGUCAUCAGCAGCAGCAUUACAUCAUCACUGAACAGCUGAUUCCAAACUGAAACUUUGUCACAUUUAUUUCACAUUUUAUAAACAAACAAUUCCAAAAUAAAAGCACAUAUGUAAAAAU